GUUAAAUAUUUAGAAACAAAGAAAGCGAGCGAGCGAGAGAGAGAGAGAGACUAGAUAGACGAGAGGAACAACAAUGGAGGACAAGGGAGGCCAAGAAGGAGAUAAGAGAUCACCAAGCAGGCUACAGAAGAAGGCACCAAAGACUGCUCUACAACUGGACCACAACAUGAACUACAAUGCUGCUGCUGCUGAUAAUCCCUCUUGCUCCUCCUCCUCCUCCUCCUCCACCUCCUCCGCUUCCCGUCUUCCAAUUCCUUUGUUAUCGCCCCUCAUCGUGGCACCACCGCCGUUGCCUCAGUCUGAAGGUAAUAAAGGCGUAGCUGCAGGGGGCAUGAGCCAGCCGGUCAACCACAACCGGAAGAAAGGAGAGGCUGCUGUAUCAGCACCUCCACGUGAUGGGUGCAGGCAUCCAGCCACCAAUACUGCUCCAUUCACGAAAACUUCUUCACUUUUUUCUUUCUUCCACUCUCAGUGUUGUAUCGUUCACCACCACAUCUAAUGAGCUUCUAACUUUUUUUUUUUUUUCCAUGAGUGUGACAAUGGUUGUUCUGUCGCCAACCCUUUUCAUAGUGAGUCUGUAUUUUGAUUUUUCUUUUUCUUGUUUU